AUGAAUAUUUGCAAGCGGAUACUACCAUCAAGAUUAUCAUCAUACACUCAUGCCCUUGCAUCUUACAAAGCUUCGUUUUCUUUCUUUCAUUCCUCACCAGACACUUCAAUUCAAGUUCAUUCCGAAGAACAAGAAGUAGUAAUUGCUUUAGGUAGCAAUGUAGGCAAUAGGCUCAACAACUUCAAUGAAGCCUUAACACAAAUGAAGAAAUCCGGUUUACAAAUCACAAGACACGCGUGUCUAUACGAAACCGAGCCUGCAUAUGUCACCGAUCAGCCUCUCUUUCUCAAUUCAGCCAUUAGAGCCACCACAAAACUUGGGCCCCAUGAACUACUUUCAGUCUUGAAAAAAAUCGAAAAAGAAAUGGGCCGAACCAAAGGGAUCCGGUAUGGCCCACGACCCAUCGACUUAGAUAUAUUAUUCUACGGAAAAUACAAAAUCAAAUCCGAAAGCCUCACAGUUCCCCAUGAAAGAAUCUUUGAGAGACGAGCGGUCGUUGUCGCGUCAAAAAUAAACCUUAUUUCCACUAAUCUAGCGAGUGGUAAGUAA